AGCGGCAAGUAACGAAGCCAAGCGAAGCGGCAUCGCUCAAACCCCCACGAGAACGGUAACCCGGCUCUCCAUUCCGCGGCCGCCACCUCCCUGCCCAUGACCUCGCCGCUCCUCCGCCACCACCACCGCCGCCGCCUCCUUUCCACCUGUACGCGAUCCCUUAAAUGGCUCUCCCGUUCCAUCUCCUUGAAUCCGACGGGACGGCCGCAGCAAACCCUAGCCUCGUCUGUGUCCAGAUCGGGGACGGCGCUGCACUCGGGCGACUUCACCACUGCUCGCCUCCUGCCGGCCGCCGCGGGGGAGGGGAGGUUCUUCGUCGCAGGGCACUCCCGGCCGCGCACGAGGAUCCCCGCCGCGAUCGGCCAUGUCGUCGACUCCGCCCUCUGCACCACCCUCUCGCGCGACGGUACCAGGGUGCGGACCGUUGAGCACCUCCUGUCCGCUCUGGAGGCAUGCGGGGUGGAUAAUUGCCGCAUCGAGAUCGAUGGUGGGGAUGAGGUUCCUUUGUUAGAUGGAUCAGCGAAGGAAUGGGUGGAGGCUAUAAAACAAGUUGGGUUAUGUGUUGCAGAGGAUCAACAUGGCUAUACUUUAGAUAAACUAGUACCAGAACUCCAUGAACCACUGUAUUUAUGGCAUGGUAGUUCUUUCUUGAUUGCCUUACCUUCUCAGAAAAUUUGCAUCACUUAUGGAAUAGACUUUCCCAAGGUACCAUCCAUUGGCUGUCAGUGGUUUUCUUCUUUCAUGGAUGAAUCUACAUACACAAAAGAAAUAGCUUCCUCAAGAACAUUUUGUGUUUAUGAAGAGGUCGAGGGAAUGCGCCGAGCUGGGCUCUGUAAAGGUGGAUCAGCUGAUAAUGCUAUCGUUUGCAGCAUCACUGGUGGCUGGCUAAAUCCACCAUUACGUUUCUUUGAUGAACCUUGUCGCCAUAAGGUUCUAGAUCUUGUGGGCGACUUUUCUCUUUUUGCUCAAAAUGGAAAUCAAGGACUUCCCAUCGCACACAUAAUUGCUUACAAGGCUGGCCAUGCACUACACACCGACUUCGUUCGUCUGCUGUCACGAUCAUCAACAGAACUAAGAGAAAGGCUACUAAGAUGAAGGAUACAACAUCCUUCUGAGCAGUCGCCAUUUGGGAACUUCGGAUAGUAGCAAGGACGCCAUCUGAUCACUUGCAGCCAGUCAAUAUUUAUGCUUGACAAUGACUUUUAGAUGAAAACAGGCUCAUGAAGUCGGCUGAAGUGGCUUGGAGGUGCAACUUUUCUUAUCCGAACUUUAGAGAGCUUGAGGGGUUGUUUCAAGACAACAAUCCUCAAAGAAACUAUGAUUUGAAACAAUCCUCAAAGAAGUGUCUAAGGAGAAACAACUAAAAGUCGACUAAAUUUGAAUUGUUGUAAUUUACUGUAUGUUUAAUUAAUUUCAAAUCUGAUAUCAAGUGCAUCAA